GCUCAGGCGGUGUCGGGGCAGCUCUCUCCGCUGUUUCCCGCGCUGCUGCUGCUGUCACAGGGCGGCCAUGAGCUGGUUAAUGUUUACUCUGACCUCCAGCCGCCGAUGGCCGAGUGUGUUCACUAAACUAUCCCGCUGUUCUCUGUCUGCGGAGAGCCGUACAGGGAGAAUGGCCUCAGACUGGCUCUCCCCGGCGGAGCGCGAGCAGGUUCUGCUGGAGCUGAAGGCCACUGGAUGGGUGGAGCUGGACGAGCGGGACGCGCUUUACAAGGAGCUGCACUUCAAAACAUUCAACCAGGCCUUCGGGUUCAUGAGUCGCGUGGCUCUUCAGGCUGAGAAGAUGAGCCAUCACCCCGAGUGGUUCAACGUUUAUAACAAGGUCCAGAUCACGUUAUCCACACACGACUGCGGAGGACUGUCGAAGAAGGACAUCCGACUGGCCAAAUUCAUCGAUAAAGUCGCUCUGUCCCUGUAGAUCUGAGCCACGCUUAUCUACAACAUAUUACAGAUGC